AUGUCGCAGCCAGCAGUGCCUCCUUCGGGGACCAAGGAAGCCCUGAGCGCUGAGGCACCACCAGCGACCGUGUCCCAGGAUGGCGGCCCGAAGCCGGAGAGGACGACCCUCCAGAAGGUGUACGAUUGCCUCACAUAUGUGCCACCGAGGUGUCGCUAUGACCCUGAGAAGCCAUUUCAGUUCUCAAUGAGUUUGAAUAUACUCUUUGCAUUCGCUGGUUGUUUUACCGUGGCCAACCUCUACUAUACUCAUCCAAUCCUCAACCUCCUCGCCGACGACUUCCACGUUACCGACGAGCAAUCUUCCUAUAUCCCCACUUUGGCACAGGCUGGAUAUGCUGGUGGGUUGCUGUUCUUGUGCCCGUUGGGAGACUUGGUGAAGAGGAGGCCAUUUGUUCUUUGGCUGGUUUGGUUUACUGCAACACUAUGGAUUGGCCUCUGCGUCACCAGAUCAUUUGUCGCCUUCGGGGUCAUCACCUUUAUCACAAGUGUGACGACUGUGACACCUCAGUUGAUGCUGCCCCUGGUCGGCGACAUGGCUCCUCCUCACAGGCGGUCGACGUCUCUCUCCAUUGUCGUGUCGGGGAUGCUUCUAGGAAUGCUCAUCGCCCGUCUCUUGUCCGGCACCGUUGCUAAAUUCAUUGGGUGGCGCUAUAUCUACUGGAUCUCAUUUGGGCUGCAAUACUUUAUCCUGAUCUUGCUGUAUCUCUUCAUGCCAGAUUACCCUUCGACCAACCCCGGGGAGAAUAUCUGGAGGAAGUAUCCGCUGUUGUUGUGGGAUAUUGUCAAGCUCGUGGUGAAGUAUCCCGUAUUAGUCCAGGCCUGCCUUGUUGGCAUGUUCACCGCGACGACCUUCACCAGUUUCUGGACAACCCUGACUUUCCUCCUUGCCGGUUCCCCGUACCACUACAAUUCUCUAGUCAUUGGUCUUUUUGCCUUGAUCGGAAUCGGCAGCAUGACUUGGGGUCCCAUCUUCGCGAGGACAGUCAUGGAGAAACACCAACCGCUCUUUUCAGUCAUCAUUGGCGAGGUAAUUUGUUUGGUUGGCGUGGUUAUCGGGACCUAUACCGGCAAAUUUACGAUCGCGGGGCCCGUCAUCCAGGCCAUUGGGAUCGACAUCGGCCUGCAGACCAGCCAGAUCGCUAACCGAACUUCUAUCUACAAAGUCGCGCCGCUAGCGAGGAACCGGGUCAAUACUGCUUAUAUGGUCAGCGUUUUCGUGGGGCAGUUGAUCGGUACUGCUGUUGGGAACUCUCUUUAUGCCCGUGGCGGUUGGAUCUCUUCGGGCUCGGCAAGCGUCGGCUUUGUUUCUACAGCGCUGGUCGUGUGCUUCUUGCGCGGCCCACAUGAACAAGGCUGGAUAGGUUGGCGAGGCGGAUAUAACAUGAAGCAAGGAGUGUUGAAGAAGCCCCAAAACAACCCGAAUGAUACGGAGGCUUUGCAAGCCCAGCAACCGCCUCAGCCAUUCAGCGCAGAGAAGGCAAAAGAAGCUGGGCAAGCAGAGAAGGAAAUCGAAGUGCGGGCUCACGAUGAGAAUCGCGAAAUUGACCACAGUUCGCGAUCCUCGCAACGUACUCUCAGUGAGGAGAUCCAGCCUUGCGGGGAGAAAAUCUAG